GUGAAGCUCCUGUAGGCAACAUCACUAUUCGUCCCAAUACCUCAGUAACAUUGAAACCUCAACACAAUUCACGCCCCUUACACAAUAAGGGUGUGCUGGUUUUCUCCUUUCCACAGACGUCGCCGUCAAAAAUGCGUUUCCUUGCGCCGAUUGUGGGACUAUUGUCCCUGGCUUCCACGCUCGUCCCGACCGUGCUUGCCGACGCCAAACCCUUAAAGUUCACUGCGCUCACGGCCGGUUCGAAGUUGAAGGGUAUCGUGAAGCUUAAUGACACUCUCUACACAGAACUAACCGCCGCUCCCCGGAAUUAUUCUGCGGUAGUGUUGCUCACGGCAUUGGACCAGAGGUUUAACUGUCUACUAUGUCAGGAGUUUCAACCGGAAUAUGAAUUAUUGGCGAAGAGUUGGAUCGCGAGGCACAGGUCAAGUGAUGGGUUGUUUUUCGGAGAGCUGGACUUUGCGAAUGCUAAGGCCACUUUCCAGAAGCUGCAAUUGACGACCGCUCCCAUCUUGUAUUUGUUCCCCCCGACCAUUGGAGAUAAUUUGGACGCCGCACAUAUCGAGACGCCAUAUCAGUUUGACUUCACUCAACAUGGCGUCCCCGCCGAAGCAGUCGCCCACUUCAUCAGCCAGCACAGCCCACAUACCCCCCCGGUUACUCGUCCGUUCGACUAUGUAAAGUUCGGCAGCGUGGCCGGCCUUCUAUUGGUCGCUAUUACGAUCGCCAGCAUCGCCUUCUCCAUCAUAAAGCCCAUCAUUUAUAGCCGCAACCUCUGGGCCGCCAUCUCCCUUAUCGCUGUCCUCUUGUUCACUAGUGGACACAUGUUCAACCACAUCCGUCACGUCCCAUACGUUGUUAACGACGGGCGUGGCGGUGUCUCCUAUAUUGCUUCCGGGUUUAGCAACCAAUUCGGGUUGGAAACUCAGAUUGUAGCCAUUGUUUAUGCUAUCUUGGCAUUCGCUACCAUUUCGUUAGCAAUGAAGACCCCCCGUAUCGAGGACCCCACCCGACAGAAGGCUGCGAUCCUAAUUUGGAAUGCUGUCCUCUUGGUCGGGUUCAGCUUCCUCAUGAGCCUCUUCAAGCAGAAGAACGGGAGUUACCCUUUCUUUUUGCCACCGUUAUUUUAGAAAAUCGAAGUGUAUUUCUUGAAAGAUAGAUUGGUUGGAUCGCAAAACCUGAGGAGGAAGUGAGAGUGAAGGAAGUGUAUUUCUAUCAUGUCGGGUGUCUGGAAGCUGGAGGAACUAAAACAGGAAAGACUGAGGGGAAGGGUUGCCUCUCGCUUUAGUUAUGGGUUUAAACAGAAUGGGAUGGGACGGGAUGGGCGUGAAGCGUAAUAUCAUCUUGAGGUUUAUCAAAACAA